AAGAUUUUUGUGUUUUUCGUGGAAAAUGUAAAUUAAUGCCUUAAAAAAGUGAAUUUAACAAGAAUAAAAUGCUUUUUACACACCUUGAGUAGAGUUUCCAUCUCAUCAAGGUGAGAUUUAGUGGAAAAAUUGCAAAUUAGUUGUGUUUUGUGAGUGAAAAAGGCGAAAAAUGAUACCAUAUUGUUUGGGGUUGAGCUCACCAUGUCCCACGCAGCGGCCAGCGGAAUGUCUCAGGGGAGUUCGGACAAGAAGAAAUACCGAUCGAGAUCAACAUCUCGCUUUGUGGAUUUGGAUAAACAGAGGAAGGUGAAAUGUAUGGGAGGUACACCGAGUUUGUCCUCAAUUCCCAACACCAUAAAGUUGAGUAUGCUCAACAGUGGGCUCCUCUCAUUUGAUCGUGUUAAACUUGAAGCCCGGGAUGCAAAUAAUUCGCUAUCGCAGACAAUCCCAGACCGGCAGGUGCCGCUGAAAUUCUUCCUCAAGCUCUGUGAGCAGCGCAAAAAGUUCCCAGUUCUGUUCAAAUUGGAAUUCCAGACGGCAAUUAAGGUGGAAAAUAAUUCCAUACGGCAUGCCACGAGGAAGAAUAAUGUUGAGAAGAAUCAGAAUCAAAAAUGCGUUCCCUACGACUACAAUCGUGUUGUGCUGAAGAAGAUUGAGGGAAUACCAGAUUCGGAUUACAUUAAUGCUUCAUACGUGGAUAGCCUCCUAAAGCCAAACGCCUACAUUGUGACGCAAGGGCCAACAGAAGAGACGGUGGUUGAUUUUUGGAGAAUGAUUUGGAGUGAAAAUGUCAGCGCAAUCAUCAUGUUGACGAAAACCUUUGACUUUACCAAGGUAAUGUGCGUCCAGUACUGGCCAGCAUCAAAGGAGAAAGAUGAAUUCUAUGGUGACAUCAAUAUUGCAAUUGUGAAAGAGGAGCAAUUGGCAAACUUUCAAAUUCGCACAUUUCGUAUUUACAACAAAAGCGAGGGGGAUUCAUCAACAUCACGAGAUAUCCUGCAAUUUCACUUUACCGAAUGGCAUUCACAUUCUUGUCCAUUUUCAAAUGCCGUCUUGGAAUUUCGACGGCGUGUCCGUGCAGUUGUGGGAAAUAUAAUCACGGCCAAUAGCGUCAUCGGUCCAAUGCUCGUUCACUGCAACGAUGGUGGUGGUCGGUCAGGUGUCUACCUGGCUGUUGAUGCAAACAUGGAGCUGGCAGAGGAGGAGGAAUGUUUCCAUGUUUUUGGUUAUUUGAAGAAACUCCGUCAAUCACGAAAGGGCCUGAUUGAGAAUGUGGAUCAGUACAAAUUUGUCUAUGACACCCUCGAGGAGUACCUCUGCUGUGGGAAUUCCUGGUUCCCGGUGUCAAAGCUCUCGGAGAAGCUAAAGGAGAAAAGCAUUAAGAAUCCCGUAACAAAAAUUAAUGAAUAUCAAGCUGAAUAUGAUCAAAUUUGCAAACAAACUCCAAGAUUUUCAAUAGGCGAUUGCGCUGGAGGACAUCGAGCUGACAAUAGAGAUAAGAAUCGCGAUGUUCUCUGUGUUCCUCCCGAUAAUUACCGGCCGUAUUUGACAUCCUUUCAGGGAAAUGCUUUUACGGACUAUAUAAAUGCAGUGUUUGUGGAUGGCUAUACAAAACCACGGGAAUACAUUGUAACUGAAUGGCCUGUUGCAAAGACUUUGGGGGAAUUUUGGUCCCUUGUCUACGAUCAGGAAUGUGCUGCAGUGGUUGUUACGUGUAGUCCACCGCCAGCAUCGCAGCAAUACCCCGCAUUUUGGCCAGAGAAGAAGAAGCAAUCCAUCAAGUAUGGUCCGGUAUUUACCAUCACGUGCAAAGCCAGUAAGCACUUUAAUAACAUCAAAACGUGGGAGUAUGUGAUCAACAAGAAGAUUGUCUCACUCACGGAACUCAUGGCGGGUGUGAAGGCGCCUGCAAAGACGUGCAAACUCUUCCAGCUCACGUGCUGGCCAAUGGGACACAAAGUGCCAACAUCGACCAACUCCCUUGUGGAGCUAAUGAAUAUGGUGGAACAGUGGAGGGCUAAAAUGGACUAUGGGCCUGUUUGCAUUGUUUCGCCGGACGGAAGAAGCCGAGCCGGCGUUUAUUGUGCUGCAAAUGCUUGCAUUGAACAAGUAAUUCAACAUGGAGAAGUUGAUAUUUUUCAAGCAGUUAAAACAGUCCGAAGAAAUCGUCCACAACUCGUUGAGAAUAUUACGGAAUACAAAUACGGCUAUGAUCUGGUGCUUCACUAUGUGCUCCACUAUUUGGAAAAAGAUCUAAAGGAAAAGGAGAAGGAGAAGGAAAAGAAUACAGGACAAAACUGAGAAGCCUCUAAUUACAUUAAAAAAAAAAGAAAAAUUUGUAUUUCAUGUUGAGUAAAUAUUUAUUGUUUAUAUUUUCUAAAUUAUUUUCUAGUGAAUAUUGUAAAAAAAUAUACUUAUAUAUUGAGGGAAUUGUGAAAAAUUUCUAUUCAUGUUGCAAAAUAAUUGUCGUCCAUAUAAAAAAAAUGAUGUUUGUUGUAUACCAAAUUUUAUUGGAAGAGAGAACCUAUGUUUGAUAUAAGAAGAUAUUAUAUAUACUUAUAUAGAUGAAUAUUUACAUUAGAAAAUUAUGAAUGGGAAAAAAUAAUUUGUGGAAUCAAUAAUUGGACAUUUUUCUUGGAAAAUUGAGUUUUUUUUUUAAUUUUGGAAAUAAGAAAUUAACGUAAUUUUCAUAAAUUUAUUCUUUAAAUUCUUUUUUUUUUCUUUCUAACACCUUUUGAAUAAAAUUAAAGGGACCUUUUUUUCUUAAGCUUUUACUAAUAUUUUCUCAAUUUUUCUUUUCACAAAAUGUCUCUUAACUGAUUCCAAAGCCAAAACUAAAAGUAAUGUUUUAAAAAAAAUGUGGAAAAGACGGGUAGAAGUUAUAUUUACCUUUUAGAAUGAGGAAGAAUAAAAUUUAGACCUCUACCGCAGAAAAGCCCAAAGAGCCCAAAAGCACAAAAUAAAUGUUAACGAAAUUUAA